CACAGCCUAGUUAUCUGCUUGCACUGCUAACGUUCGGUUCGGGAUCCGGGCUCCGGGAGCUGGACUGUGCUGAGGUCGAAGUUUAGUCCGUUUGACCUGAGAUAGAGAAACGAAGAGCGAGAGAGAGAUCUCAAUUUGAAGAGACAGCUUUUUGAAGAGCACCUUAGACCUUAGACAUCAACGUCCGAAUAGCUGUAGUCUUCUCAUUAAGUAUCACUAUCAUCAUGAGCAGGCGUAUACACAUCGUCCUACCUUUCCUACUAGCGGUAGCGCUAGUUUGCUCUGCCGCCGACGAGCCGGAGGAUUACUUCGAGUUUACCUGUCCCAAACCGGACGGACAGUUUGAGGAUCCGUACCAGUGCGACAAGUACUACGAGUGUGAUGAUGGCCGGGUGUCGGAGAAACUCUGCCCGGACGGGCUCGUCUUCAAUCCCGCCAGCAAGCUGGUAAACAAGUGCGAUCAGGUGUUCAAUGUGGAGUGCCACGACCGGAAGGAGCUUCAACCUCCGCGGCCUAUUGGUGUGUGUCCACGCCAGAACGGGUUCUUCCCGCAUCCGGAUCCAUCCAUCUGUAACAUUUUCUACAACUGCGUGAAUGGUCGCGAGCUGGAGAUGACGUGUGUCGCCGGGUUACACUUUUAUGAACCGACCGGUACCUGUGUAUGGCCCGAUAUGGCAAACCGUCAGGGAUGCGGUAGUAACGCAAACAAGAAACUCAACGAUGGUUUCCAGUGUCCGAAGGAUGCGAAAAAGAUGGACAAGAAUGGACAGAUCAUCACCCACCCGAACUAUCCGCAUCCGGAUGAUUGUCAGCGGUUCUACAUCUGUCUGAAUGGUAUUGAACCACGUCUUGGACAGUGUGAGGAGGGCAUGGUAUAUAAUGAGGAUCUGCAGCGUUGUGACGACCCGGAGAACGUACCGGGAUGUGAGGAUUGGUACGUGGUUUCCGAGACGGACCGGGAAGCGUAAGACGUGUAUCGGAGUAGACGAUUAAAGAUGCAGUCCCACCAAUGUUUUGCAUCAAUAAUAGCUAACUAGGUUCGUGAAAGUUUACAAUAAAUUGAAACUGUUCGUUGUUGUUUUUUUUUUAAAA